CUAACUUUUAUGGUAAAUCAAGCUGAUCUUACAGAGAUGUAGUUCUUUUUCGCCUUCGUCUCGUACUAGCAAGGUUUAAACAUACUUUAAAAUGGCUUCCCGUCCCGUAGUAUCCGUAAUCGGCCUUGAUGGCUCCACUUCUGCUGCCACAAACACACUUCCAGCUGUGUUCAGGACCAACAUCCGUCCCGAUGUUGUUCGUGAUGUGCACACAUCCAUGAACAAGAACAACCGUCAGGCUUACUCCGUAUCCAAGGAGGCUGGUCACCAGACCUCAGCCGAGUCAUGGGGAACCGGUCGUGCUGUCGCACGUAUUCCCCGUGUAGCUGGUGGAGGUACCCACCGUGCUGGACAGGCUGCUUUUGGAAACAUGUGCCGUUCUGGACGUAUGUUUGCCCCCACCAAGGUUUGGCGCAAGUGGCACAAGAAGAUCAACCAGAACCAGAGACGUUACGCCACCGCCUCAGCUCUGGCUGCAUCUGCCAUCCCCGCCCUUUUGAUGGCUCGUGGACACACCAUUGACAACGUUCCUGAGGUACCUCUAGUUAUCGCUAACGAUAUCGAGGGUCUAGCCAAGACCAAGGCUGCCGUUGAGCUUAUGAAGAAGGUUGGUGCUUACGAUGAUGUUGAGAAGUGUGCCAACUCUCGCAAGGUCCGCAGUGGAAAGGGAAAGCUUCGUAACCGUCGCCACGUCAUGAAGCGUGGACCUCUCGUCGUAUACAAGUCCGAUAAUGGUCUUACGAAGGCUUUCCGUAACAUUCCCGGCGUUGAGCUGUGCAAUGUUGAGCGUCUGAACCUUCUUCAGCUCGCCCCCGGAGGUCAUGUUGGACGUUUCAUCAUCUGGACUGAGGGUGCUUUCUCUGAGCUAGACGCCAUCUGGGGAACCUUCCGCUCUGGAUCCCAGAAGAAGUCUGGAUACACUUUGCCCAAGAGCAUCAUGUCCAACCCUGACAUCACCCGUAUCAUCAAUUCCGAUGAGGUGCAGUCUCAGCUUAAGGAAGCUAAAGAGCCCGCACGUCGUUUGGCUCAUCGCAAGAACCCUCUUGCCAACGCCAAUGUUAUGCUUCGCAUGAACCCAUACGUCAAGCAGAGCAAGCGCCACGAGAUGCUUACUGUUGAGAAGAGACAGAAGGCCAAGGCUGAGAAGAAGCAGACGCAACGCGCAAAGUCCGCUGACAUCAAGGCUCUUGGCAAGAAGUUCAUUGGAACUAUGGUUGCCGAGUAAAUUUCUAGGAAUUGUUGUAUUUUGCUAGAGAUAAGACAUAUAAAAUGCAAUUAAGCAUUUAUUCUUACAACUGUAUAGAGUGCGAGUCUUUGUUGACGAGCGAGUGUUAUAUAGGACCUUAGAUGAUCGAGAGAGUUUUAGCUUGGAGAUUAGAUCAUCGAGUUUCUGGAUGUAUGUAUAUAUAUAUUUAUAAGAAAAUGUAUUCUUUAACACAGCGGCGUGUUUGAAGCACAUGCUGAAGUCAAUUUUAU